UAUGUAAUAUUUUAUUUUAGAUCUUCCUACCGAUAAAUAUCAGUAAGACUCACUGGUAUUUAGCGGUCAUCAAUGCGAAGAAACGCUUGAUACAAGUAUUAGACUCACUUGGUCCUGGAAUGGGUAGAACUGACCUCACGUUUAUGCUCCGAGGACUUGAGAAGCACUUAAAGACUGCAUCCCAAAGAAGGGGAUUUGACAAAGGUGAAAAGUGGCACGAUCUCGAUGUCACGACAUGGCCAAUAGUAGAGCAUAUCCGAAAACCAGUGCAGACUGAUGGCGCAUCGUGCGGGUUGUUCAUGUUAAACUUUAUGGAAUAUUGGACAGGCGAUAUGCUUUCUGACUGCAUCACUCAGGAGGAUAUGAAAGCAUUCCGAAGAAAAUUAAUUGCCAUAUUGCAUGAUUCGGAACUAAACAAAAUAAGAGGCAGUCCAAUAUAUAAUCAAUCUAAAGAUCAAGAAAAUGGAUCCGACUCUGAUAUUACGGAAUUGCCAAGCCUAGGUAAAGAACACCAAGGAGAUGUAGCCAAAGAAAAUAUCCAGCUUCCUAUUUGCACCUUGUCCACCAAACCACAUGAGUUUGUUGACGAGAUAUGCAAAUACAUCAUGUCCAUUGACGAUGCAACAUGUUUAAAAAAAGAAUGGGUGCGAAGCUCCACACCUUAUCCACUAGGAUUAACUCUAAAGCAAAUUCAGGACAUACUCAGGAUGGACCAGCCAAUGGACAAGGAUUGUUUCAACAUGGCUGUGCGCAUAGUGGCAUGUGAUGAGAUACAAUUUUUUAUAGAGCCUCCCGUGCACAACAUGGACUUGAGAUUUUGUUCGGCGAUACUCCAUGGUAGAAAACAUCCACUUUGGCUUGUUAAGCCAGAUAUUAAGGAGUUGGCAACAUUUUUUCAUAGCUGGCCUGGGAUAGACCAUAAUAUAUCAUCAUGCAACAUGAUUCUUUUACCACACGCAUUUCUUGGCCACUUCAUCUUGUUCACCAUCGACAAACAUGAGUGUCGUGUAUGUAUUUUAGACCCAUGUUCUGAAACUCUAUCAGAAGAGAGGUACCAACUAAAAUUACAAAGAUGUUCAUUCUAUCUAAAUGAUGCUCUUGAGAUAGCGCAACCUGGCUGGAAUUCCGAUAUUUAUUUCUGGCCACGUAAAUAUCCUCACAAUAUCCCAAUACCAACAAGCCCCGACAGAAAAUUGUUUGGAUACUUAGUAUUUAGUUUUAUGCUUUCAUGGGAUGGUAAAAGAUUUGUUCAUCCAGUUUGCAGCGAUGGUUACGAGGUAAGGAAAAAGUUUUUGAUACACAUACUCAAGUAUCUGGCUAAUGAAGUUGAAGACAACAUUCCUGAGAUCGUGCGAGAAUACCUUAGACGCGUCAACGGACCAUGGCUUUAAUAAAUAGUGUAUUCAGACAUUUCUCUUCUAUAAAAU